UUUUUUUUUACCUAAAACGUAUCCAAAUAUAAGUUUUGUGGAAAAUAUUUAAUUUCACCAUGAGAAUUCAAAUGGAACUGAAGUAAAGGGCUUAUUGUCAUAAACUGAAAGGCACUGAAACACCAUUAACUGGGAGUGAUUACGGAUAAUUUACAACUCUCGCUGUCACGGGAAGUGAUUGAAGGUUUACAGGCGACAUCAGGAAUCCUAAAUCAGGUAACACGAAGUAGUGCAUAAGGAACACCGGUUUACCUGAGUGCCACAACGCGCCAAAGCAUCAUCGACAUGCGGAUGUGUUGCAUUCUCGUCUAUAUCUCGGUCAUUCAGUUGGCUCUUUCACAAAGAUUCCCUGAAAGGGGAAAUUUUCGAAAUCUUAAAAGAGGGCACGCACGGAGGUUUGGUCGCCCUUCCACGCAUCGACCUUGGCGACCAGUAGACUGGAAAACGCAGUAUAACCAUUUAAACAGACAUUACGGAGGCAGGCGUCAUCUUCCAUGGGAAACCCUAACGCCAGGACCAACAGACGACAUUAACAGGAUUGUGACACGUCCUGGGGAGGGGCCCGGGAAUCUCGGGGGUCCAGACACCAGUAUAAUACCAGCCUCGUCGGGGGGAUCUCUUUUACCACAGAUUGGUAAUAUUUACUGCGCUGUUUGCUGUCGUGUACAUUGGUACUACUAUAACAACUGCAUCAGACGAUUUUGCGCAAGUCGUGGUCCAGAUUGUCCACCUUUUGGAUAAACCUAAUCUAUAUCCUGUUAUCCAUUGUGAUGUUGAAAAGAUAAUAAAAAUGAGCCAAUAUCAAUGAAUGAGUGGUCCCCCCUCAUGCUCUUUGAUUUCAUUUAGAAUAAACGACAAACAAAUGUGAAAA